AUGGUUCUGACUACAUCAUAUGAAUUAGGAAUGUCUGCAUAUCAGCAAGAACAAGUCGGUGUUUUAGUUCAUGUCCUUUAUAGUAAUCCUAAAGUACUCUACAGUCCAAAUAAUACAGCUGCAGAUAAAAUAAUAGAAAAAGCCAAUGAAACUUUUGAGUUAUUGGAUAUGGUAACACAGUAUGCAAGAAAAAUGUUAAAUAUAUCAGAGGAAAUAAAAGCUUUUUUAGCACAAAAUAGUACCGAACAUUCAUUGUCAGUUUUACAAAAGAUUAGAAAGAAUUUGAGGAAACAUCCAUUAUUACUAAAGGUUUUGAAUAGUAUUGCUUUACAGCAGUUUGCUGAAGGAUCUGUGAUUGUAGAUAAAGAUGUAUUUUUACAGCAAUUGGAUACAAUUGAUAAUGCAGCAUGUAGUUGGAUAUCAUUAAUGUCUGGUCUCAAUUUAAACAUGUUUCAAGGUUUUCAGAAUGAGGAUGAUCUCAUGUCUUAUGUUCAUAAGGAUGCAUUUUUUGAAAAUGUUACUGUAUUAGCUAGUAAGUUAUGCUUUUUUGAAUGA